AUGAGCCACGAAAAGGCGCAGAGCGAAAACGUCGAGCGAUGCGAGACUGUCGACGAGACCCAUCUGCCACCGACCGUGGCCGUCACCAAGGGCGAGCCGCUGAUGCGCUCGAACCUGGACGACCUCGGUAUCUGGGAGGGCCUGCUGCGGUACAAGACUGUGACGAUGAUUGCGAUGGCGGCUGCGUUUAGUGCUGCGCUGGAUGGAUAUCAAAUUAACUUGAACGGCGGCGUCGUCUCGAACAAGGGGUUCAUCCGGCAGAUGACGGAUCCGGAAGAGACCAUCAUCGAAGGGAAAUAUGUCUCUGCUUGGGGAGGGAUUCAGUCGGCUGGUCAGACGGUUGGGCAGAUUCUGCUACAAUACGUGACUGAGGGUUACGGACGAAAGAUGGCCCUCUACAUCAUCUGGCUUACGUUUGUGAUCAGCGUCUUCAUCGAAACCUUUGCCACACACUGGCAACACUGGCUCGUCGCGAAGCUCUUCUCCGGCAUGGGCGUCGGGAUGCUCCAGUCAACGUUGCCUCUCUACCUCUCUGAGAUUUCCCCGACGCAACUGCGCGGCUUCCUCAUAAACGCAUACAGCUUCUGGUUCGUCAUCGGGCAACUCUUCGCCUCCGUCGCCCUCAACCGCCUCAACGCGACAGACCCCUACAACUUCCGCACCCCGAUCUACACCCAGUGGGCUAUGGUCGGCAUCGCUGGAAUCAUCUUCGUGCUCAUCCCCGAAUCGCCGUGGUGGCUUGUCGGCAAGGACCGCUUCGAGAAGGCCGAAAAGGUUUUGACGAUGUGCAAUGGUCGCGCUGAGGGGUAUGAUACGCAGCAGCAGAUUGGAAUCAUGACGGCGACAAUCAUGCAAGAACGCCACAUCGCGCAGCGCGACAGCCAAGAGGGCAUGUGGGCGGUCUUCCAGGGCCGGAACCUCCUCCGCUUCCUCAUCGCCGCGUGGCCGAAGAUCACGCAGCAGUUUGUCGGGUUGUCCGUGUUCAACACAUACGCUACGUAUUUCUUCCAAUACGCCGGCAACACCGACCCCUUCCUCGUCACCCUCAUCCUCUCCUGCGUGCAGAUCAUCUCCAUGAUCCUCACAUGCACCCUCACCGAUCGCUUCGGCCGGCGCCCACUAACAGUGUAUCCAUACGGCGUGACUGUCCUCUCGGUCCUCGCGCUCGGAAUUGUCGGCUGCUUCGAUUACACGCAGCCAUCGCUGAGCUCUCUCCUGAUCUUCUUCGCCUGCCUCGCCACAUUCAGCACAACGGGCGCAUCCGCAAUCGGCUACGCCUACGCCGCCGAAAUCCCCUCGCAGCGCCUCCGCGCCCAAACGGCCGGCUGGUCGCUCGCGCUGUCGAAUAUGCUGGCCACCAUGUUUAGUUUCUGUACGCCGCUCAUGAUCAAUCAGGGGGUUACAAAGUGGGGGGUCAAGACGGGGUUCUUUUUCGCCGCGACCGGUUCGAUUUCCGUUGUUGUUGCAUGGUUUAUUCUUCCAGAGGUUACGAGGAGGACGCCCGGGGAGAUUGAUGAGUUGUUCGAGAAACGGGUCAACUUGCGCAAGUUCGACAAGUAUGUCACCGAGGCGCAGACUAAUGCGGCGCAUCUCGCGAGGGACGGAGAGGGUAAUGCUUAG